AGUAUUUUUCAAUUCACAGAAAAAAUAAAGAAAUGUCAAUUCGAGAUCUAUGUAGUUCUACAUGAUCGUAUCUACUAAUGGGAAAAAUUUCUCAUUUAGAAGUCAUCAUCAUCGCUGACUCAAAUGCACUGCUGCUCCCGCGGGCAGAAAUUAGCGCGAUGUGUAAAGUGACGAGUCAACUUUGAAAUAAGAGCUCUACAUUAUGAGCUUUGUAAGUACGCCGGGCGUACAAACACACACACACACACGCACAAACAACUCGCGCAUGCCAAUAGAAACAUCUUCUCCUCGCCGAUGACUGUAAUGUUCGCACAUUUGUCAGUUCAGUUCAGUACGAACCGAGCUUGAGUGAGCAGCAAAAAAUAGAAGACAAAAAAGUAUAGCUUCUUUGCGAUACUCAUCCGUGCCUUAUUAGAUACAAACAGAGUAACGCUUUCGCCGAGCUUCGCCAAAUAUUUAAACAGUCGCCGAGAACUAAAAGAAAAAAACAAAAACAAAACAAAAUGCCGGCAAGCAACGAACAAGGCUUUUCCACGAAAGCCAUCCACGCGGGUCAGGACCCUCUGCAAUGGAGCCACGCAUCGGUCGUGCCACCGCUCGUCAUGUCGACGACGUUCAAACAAUCGGGGCCAGCUCAGCACAGCGGAUACGAGUACGGCCGCAGCGGCAAUCCGAGCCGUAACUGCCUGGAGACGUGCCUGGCUGCUCUCGACAACGGCAAGCACGCCGUCGUGUUCUCGUCGGGUCUGGGCGCCCUCACCGGUCUGCUGGCCAUGCUCGAGACGGGCGACCACGUGGUCUGCGGCGACGACGUCUACGGCGGCACCAAUCGCUUCUUCAAGCGCUGCGCCUCCAAGCAGGGCAUCGAGACGUCCUUCGUCGACGCCUGCAACGUCGACCACUUCCUCGAAGCGGUCAAGCCCAGCACCAAGAUGAUCUGGAUCGAGACGCCGACCAAUCCCCUGCUCAAGCUCGCCGACAUCAAGGGCAUCUGCGACAAGGUCAAGGCCACGAGGCCCGACAUCAUCACGGUCGUCGACAACACCUUCGUCACCUGCUACUUCCAGAAGCCCCUGGACCUUGGCGCCGACAUAUCCAUGUACUCGUUGACCAAGUAUAUGAACGGCCACUCUGACGUCAUUAUGGGUGCCGCUAUCACUAGUCGGGAUGAUUACGCAGAGAGAUUGCGAUUCAUCCAAAACGCAAUGGGAAUCGUUCCCUCUCCCUUCGACUGCGCCCUGGUAAAUCGCAGCUUGAAGACUCUGGAGCUGAGGAUGCAGCAACACAUGAAGAACGGCCUGGCCGUGGCUAAAUUCCUCUCCCAACAUCCAUACGUAGAAAAAUGCAUACAUCCUCUUUUCGAAUCUCAUCCCCAGCACGAGCUUGCCAAGAGGCAGAUGUCCGGCUACAGUGGUAUCAUUUCGUUUUACAUCAAAGGCAACUCAGAUGUUUUCUUGAGGUCCCUGCAAUUGUUUAUCUUGGCCGAAUCACUGGGAGGUUACGAGUCGUUGGCUGAGCUUCCGUCCGUCAUGACUCACGCUUCGGUGCCUUUGGAGGAGAGAGAAAAAUUAGGAAUCACAGACAAUCUCAUUCGAUUAUCGGUGGGAAUAGAGAACGAAGCCGAUAUAAUUGGAGAUUUGAAUCGGGCUUUGAAUAGCGCGAUGACGGUCAAAAGCAAGCAGAACAACGUUGUAUCCGAAUAAUAAUCGACGUUGUCUCGAUCAUUUUUAAUAUUGUUUACAUUCUGAUUUUAACUUCGUAUAAAAACGAUGCGAUUUUUUAUCUAAUAAUUUAUCGAUAUUUGUAAAAAAAAAAAAAAAA